AUGAAUGAAAACAUUUAUCAUAAACCAAAAGACGGAUCCUUCUGUAUGUUUGCCUAUGAGACGCAGAUUCUGCGGCGACUGGCUGUUCUGGUGGCGUGCUAUGACUUAGCAGCGUGCCAGACUAUCUCACACUACUUCCUGCUCCAGAGACCUACGUCCUGGUUCAAAGCCCAGGAGUUCUGUCGGAGGCACUAUGUCGAUCUCGCUGUCCUGAGCACAGAAGAGCAAUACUUCACUCUACUCAAUGCCACUGCUGCAAGCAAAGUCAGCUUUUGGCUUGGCCUGCAGCGUCAGAGCAUCUUUAGUGGCUGGAAGUGGGUGGACGGGGAACAGCUGAGCUAUGAACACUGGUACAGGAGAAACUAUGAAGGAUGUGCAAGUCUGGAGGCAAUGCUGAGGAAAGACAAGAAGCUGCUGGCUCGCUCCUGUGAGGAGCUGCACAUGUUUGUCUGUCAGGGUCCAAUUUCUCCGCCGCCAGUGACAGUGGAUUCAGUCUGCUCCGAUCACGUGACUCUCAGCUGGAACGUCUCAGCAUUUAUGCAGAUGACACCACACCGUUACAACGUGACGACAUGCACCAACACAUGUGAUACGGUCCUCUUCCCUUACGCUGAUGGCUCUGCCUUCAUGAACAUCAACAUCUCCAACUUGACUUCAGCCUCAGAGUACUUCAUAGAGAUUUCUGCUUUAGUUGUCCGGCCAGACAGUGUAACUGGUGGAAACACGACCCUUCAAAGUAGCCCAACAGCUUUUCAAGUGAAAACAGCGGACUCCGAUGAGCAGCACAAAGUCAUCAUAAUAAUGUUUAAUGUGCUCCAGCUCGUAUUUCUGGCUCCUCCUCUAUGGAUUAUUUAUCGUUUCCUAAAAAAAGGAGUCAGAUGA